UAUUGAAACUUUUCUUUCACACUCGUGUAUGUGUAUGUGUUGUCUACGCAACAUGCCCUGAUUCUCGUAAACUUUUAACAACAUUAAUUUCAGAAAAACACAAAGAUCUAUAAUAAUUUUAUUCUUAAUAUAAGCCACAAAAAAGACUAUACGUUUAGUUUUACUUAUUUUUGUUUUUUUUUAAAGAAUACGUAAUUUUACGUUUGUUUUUAUUUGAUCACUGUUAAACAUUGAAAUGGCUCAGUGGACUGGAUACAUGGUUUCAGUGGAAUGCGGUAAUAAUUUAGGCACAUUUCAGGGAGAAAUACUAUCUGUGACAGAUUCAAAAUUGUCCCUCGCAAAAGCUUUCUGCAACGGUAUUCCAUGUGAUAAUCCAGAAGUUCUUAUAAGAACGAGUGAUAUAAUUGAUUUAAAAUUAAUAGACAAACAAUCAAGUCCAACAGGAAGGAGUACAAUAACAGUAGCAAAACCGAUUGCAAAACGUGAAAAUAAAAGCCAGAGUAACAUAACAGAAACUAAUACAACAUCAAAUAAAUCAGUGUUCAAUCAAAACGGCUCCCAUCAGCAACAGCACUCGAAUGAUACCGCAAAAUCAAAACCAAUUGACAUAAACAAUUCAAAAAUGACAAUGUCGGAAGCACCUAAAGGAACGCCUAUUAAAAAGGAACGAGGAGGAAAGGGUAAAUGGAGUAGAAGUUGGAAAGAUGAGGCUUGUUUUGGUUCACCUUUAGGUGACGCAAUAACGAAAGACUUUGAUUUUGAGAAAAUGCUUGCUCUAUUUGACAAACAAGCCGUGUGGGAUGAGAUCAACUCAAAACGACCUGAUAAUAUUAAAAGUUCCGAACAAAAUAAGAAACAAACAAAAUAUAGACAUGAUGAAAAUGUAAUAUCAUCUACCCCGGCGUCAUUAAGACAAAUUAUUGUACCUCAACAAGAAAAGUGUGAAUAUGUAACUGAUGAUGGCCUCAUUGUACCAAGCAUAUCUAGAUUAUUAAGAACUCGGCUAUUUUUAAUGGGUGAAAGAGCGGGAAUUUCUUGGGAACGUCGUACUGAAUUGAUGGGGAGAGCCACUACCGAGAUGGCUUUACAACUUCUUGGCGGUGCUCACAGACUAAAUCCAAAUAAUAUUCAUCAAAUGCCCACUGUUGUAUUUUUAUGUGGAUCAAACAGACCUGGUUCUGUUGGAUUAAAUGCAGCAAGACAACUGGCAAGCCAUGGUGUGCACACAAUAGUUUUCGUUCCAAAUCUAGAUUCAGGUUUAAUCCACAAAGAAUUGGAAUUAUACAAAUUGACAAGAAACAAAGUUGUAACUGAUGUGUCUCAACUCCCAGAAUUAACCGACCUCAUAAUAGUAUCUUUGUGUGAAGAAUCAGAUAAUUUAAAAUUGUAUAUUGCGUUAGCAGAAUGGACGUUAAAAAAUAAAGCGUCGGUGUUGGCAAUUGAUCCGCCUGCUUCUGGUACCCCUGGCAUUAUUGCUAAAUAUUCUUUAGCGCCUGUAUUGCCACUACCACAUUCGACAGAGAAUGGAAAAAUUUAUUUAUGUAACUUGGGCUUUCCCGUGGACGUUUUUAAACAUGUUGAUAUUAUGUAUCGCUCGCCAUUUGGUUCAAAAUUUGUUAUACCCUUACAUCCUAAUGAUGGUGUUUAAAAAAAGAAAUUUUAAUGAUACAUAACGGAACUGAUACUAAUUGAAAAAAUAUUUUAAUAAAGUU